GAGGAGGAGGCAAAGCAGCAGAACAAUGGCUGGACUGCAUUUCCCUGCAGCCUCUCUGUUGUGGCUUUGAGCAGCAGGCGGUGGGAGGGCAAGGAGGAGGACUACAAAUCCCAGGGCUCCUCUGGAGGGCGGGAGACAGGAGGGGAGGGGGGCCCUCGAAGGAGAGAAACAGGCCGGGGGAAAGUUGGCAGCCCCAAGAAGGCAGCAACAGGAUGAUGGCUGCAUUGGAAUCUGGAUUGCCUCCAUCCUCCAGAGAAAUGACAAAGGUUGCACUGAAGCCAGCUCAGAGCCUAGUGACUUUUGAAGAUGUGGCUGUUUAUUUCACAACCGGCGAGGGGGCUUUGCUGAAACCAAAUCAAAAAGCCUUAUACCUGGAAGUCAUGAUGGAGAAUUAUGGGAACGUGGCCUCCUUGGGAUUUUCAGGUCCAAAGCCUGAACUCAUCUCUCAGAUGGAACAAGGAGAAGAACUGUGGAUACCAGAUUCUCAGAUGAAAGGUGAUGCAGAGACCUUCAGUAUAGACUCAGGUGGUGUUUUGGGGAAAGCCUGGAGGCCCCCAUGUAGUGAACGUUAUGUUGUUGCUCCCCAGAGAUUUCCUUCUGAAAAGAAACCCUUCAGUCGUUCGGCUUUUGGGAAGCCCUCUUGUCAACAGCCAAACCUUAAGAUGCCACAAAAAACCCACAAGGGACAGAGAAGCUACAAAUGCCUGGAGUGUGGAGAAAGCUUUAAGCGGCAUUCCCUCUUCGUCCGCCACUGGCGUGUCCACACUGGGGAGAAUCCGUAUGAAUGCCAGGAGUGCGGGAGAAGUUACCUCCGGCCCUCAGCUUUGGUGAAGCACCGCCGUGUUCACAGCAUCAAGGAACCAAAAAACGUGUGUUUGGAGUGUGGGAAGCAUUUUGCCCGAGAAGCUUACCUGCUGGCCCACCAGGUGACCCACGUCCGAGACAGGCCCCGGAAAUGUUUGCAGUGCGGGGAAGACUUUGCCAACCACCCGUCUUACUUGAAGCACCAGAAAAACCAUAAGGGAAAGAAAUCUUAUAAGUGCCUGGAGUGUGGGGAGUGCUUUGCGGACCGGUAUCACGUGGUGGUUCACCAGAAAGUCCAUACGGAGUUGAACCGCUUCAAAUGCUCAGAAUGCGGGGAGUGUUUUGACCAGCAUUCAGCCCUCGUGAGUCAUUGGAUGGUCCACACUGGAGAGCAGCCCUAUGAAUGCCUCGAGUGCGGCAAAGGGUUCCCUCGGCCCUCAGCUUUGGUGAAGCACAGCCGUGUUCACAGCACCAAGAAACCAAAAAACGUGUGUUUGGAGUGUGGGAAGCAUUUUGCCCGAGAGGUUAACCUGCUGGCCCACCAGGUAACCCACGUCCGAGACAGGCGCCGAAAAUGCUUGCAGUGUGGGGAAGACUUUGCCAACUACCUGGCUUACUUGAGGCACCAGAAAAUCCAUAAGAAAAAGAGAUCUUAUAAGUGCCUGGAGUGUGGGGAGUGUUUUGAGUACCGGUAUCACAUGGUGGUUCACCAGAAAGUCCAUAUGGAGACGAACCCCUUCAAAUGCUCCGAGUGCGGGGAGUGUUUUGAUGAGCAUUCGGCCCUCGUGAGUCACUGGAUGGUCCACACCGGAGAGCAGCCCUAUGAAUGCCGUGAGUGCGGCAAAGGGUUCCCUCGGCCCUCGGAGCUUGUGCUGCAUUGCCGGGUCCAUACAGAAAAGGAAUCCUACACGUGCUCCUAGUGUGGGAAAUGUUUCACCUAACAGUCGGGUCUGGUGAGGCACCAGCGAGUGCACUCUGGAGAAAAACCCUUCCCUUGUUCGGAGUGCGGCAAGCGCUUUGCAGACCGAUGGAAUGUCUUGGCUCACCAGAGGGUCCACACGGGGGACAAACCCUACAAAUGUUCAAGGUGUGGGAAAUGCUUUUCUCAUCGGUCGCAUGUCCUGAAUCACCAGAAAUCCCACUUGAAAUAUUAUGCAAAUGCUGAUAACAGCCCGGGAGAGUUGGUCACAAAGGAGUUACCUCACCCAAGGACAAUCAAACCAGAGCCUGGAAGCAACGAAUUACAAGUAACGAAAUGAAAUGACUGGUAAUAAGAAAUUUUCCAGCAAUUUGGUGGAAUGAAUUAAUAUUUCACAAAUGUAAUGAGUGGGAAUGAAGUUAUUGUAUUGGUUCCAGUUGCAGUUGAUUUUUAUAGUUUCAUAUAAAUGACAUUUUGCCAUAUAUUUCUUAUAUCAAACGUUUUAUGCCAUUCUCUCCUCAAUCUUAAGAUGUUUUGAAAAUGAAAUCAGCACUUUAACAACAAUAGCGUAAAGUCCAUGUCUCCACGAUUGAAAGCAAAAUUGUGUUCCGUGCUCAGAAUCAAAGAUGUUCUUCUUUUUCCUAUUUGAUGCAAAUGGCAAAAGAUCUUUGGGUGACAUCAUUUGUGGUAGUUAGAAUUUAGUUUUAAAAAUAACGGAACCUGGUUUGGACCUGUCUGUUAAAUGACAAACCUUCCGAUAUCUAGAUUGGAAGGUAAAUGAUCCAGAGCCUAUUGCUGACCUACAUUUAUUUAUUUGUUAAGAUUUGAAUCUAUUAAAAUAUUUGUAUCCUACCCUAUAUCUUGGAUAGUAUGCCUCAAUAUUUUGUUUACAAUUUGAAACGGUAGAAAGUAAAGUGAAUAAUGUAAAGCGCCUUAAAACAGGGCCCACAGUUCUAAACCAGCAGCUACUUUAGUUACAUAGCUUAGUAGCAUCUCGCACCAAAUCUGCCUCCAUUCCAAUGUGGACUUAAUGGGCAGCUGCUAUAGCAAGUAACAAGAGUCUUCUCUUUUUAAUUGAGAUGUGGCAGGAGGCCACCUCAUUUCUUGAGGUGGACUCUGGUGUGACAGUAGGUUUAGGUUUUCCCCUGACAUUAAGUCUAAUCAUAUCUGACUAUGUGGGUUGGUGUUCAUCUCCAUUUCUAAGCCGAAGAGCGAGCGUUGUGCAUAGACACCUCCUAGGUCAUGUGGCUGGCAUGACUGCAUGGAGCGCCAUUAGCUUCCCAUCGGAGCGGUACCUAUUGAUCUUAUCACAUUUGCAUGUUUUCGAACUGCUAGGUUGGCAGAACUGGAGGCUAAUAGCGGAAGCUCACCCCGCUCCCUGGAUUCGAACCGCCAACCUAGUAAGAAACAAAAUUCAUAUCAUAAUUCGUACUUGCAUUGGAGAUGGGUGGGAACGUCUGUUUGCUGCAUCCUGAUUGGCCAGAGAACAGACCCUUGUCACUUUUCAGAGUCUGUCUGGUAAAUAACAGAAUUUGGAUAGUUUCAUGAUCCCUAUGGAUUCUCUACACCAGUGGUUCUCAACCUGUGGGUCCCCAGAUGUUUUGGCCUUCAACUCCCAGAAAUCCUAACAGCUGGUAAACUGGCUGGGAUUUCUGGGAGUUGUAGGCCAAAACACCUGGGGACCCACAGGUUGAGAACUGCUGCUUAACACUAUUCAAUACAUAACAUCUGUAAACAUUAACUCUAGGGUUACGUAUUCGUAACUGAAUCGGUCAUGAAUUUCAGUCAUAGAAUUUGAUAACUUAAGUCUGUACAAAUUUAAAGCAAGAAUUUUAAGACACAUCUGCACUGACCAUUUAAUGCAGUUUCAAACUGGGUUUUGAUGUGCAGAUAAUUACAUUGAAAGUCGUGGAACCCAUUUGAGGCCCGGAUGAUGUUUGCACAAACCACAGAGUAUUGAUGCACAUCAGAGCUUUUCUUCAUAUGUUUUUGUAGGAACCUGUAAUCUGGCCACCACAGUUUGGAGCUAGCCUUGAACUCCAUUAAAUGGUCAGUGUAGAUGGGGCCAAGGCACCAAAGGUUUUAAUGAAGGCAUGUGGUAUUGAAAUGAAGGCAGCGUUGUCACCAGUCAAGCCUCUGAAUGAAGGUUAUUCCUCAAUCGGAACUGGCGACAAGACACAUCAAAGCAUAACAUGAAGAGCAAAAGACAGUCUGAGGUGUUUGGACACCAGUUUGCCUUUUAUGAAAAAGUCUGGUCAGUUCUCUAGACUUUACCUCAUCUUUCUCAUACAGGUUGAGUAUCCCUUAUUUGAAAUGCUAGAGACCAGAAGUGUUUUGGAUUUUGGGUUAUACAUGAUGAGAUAUCUUUAAGGUGGGACCCAAGUCAAAACAUGAACUUCAUUUAUAUUUCAUGUACAUGUAAUACACAUAGCCUCGUCAUUUCAUCCACAAUAUUCAUUAUAAUGUGCGUGAAAAGUAUGAAAUUAUAAAAAUCAAAAACUUGUGAAAUUAUGAAAACCAGAGAGUUAAUGGAGGGUCACCAUUUCAGCCACAGAAAGUAGGAAAAACAAUGUUGGAUUUUGGAGUAUUUUGGAAUUCCAUUUAAAGGCUCCUCCACCUGUACAGUCUCCUAGGACCACCUGACUGGGAUGCUUUAACAUUUUAAUUCAGAACAAGUUCAAAACUUUGCUGUUUCAUUCAUUUGUAUUUCAGUUGUCUUACAAUUAAUGAUUCUUUAGAUAUUUUGCCUAGGUGUGAUUAAACUGUUACUCCUUUUGUUAGAUUCUGCUCCUCCCUGAACAAAGCUGCCGUGUGUGCCUUUUUUACAGAGUGAGUUUUUGCCGAUUUAGGUUUAUCCUGCUGUGGAUCAUAUUUCGCUGCUUUAUUUUAUAGUUUUCUUUUUUUAUUAUUCCUGGGCUAAGCUGAGUUUUGUGAGCUCUCAUUUACUUCAGUUUGGACCAAUUUUCAGUUUACCUUUUCUUAUUUUUCUCCUUUCUGCAACUUUUAAGAUAAAGUACUAGAUAGCUCUAAAUGCAGUAAGCUUUAACUAGAGGGCUGGUGGAAGAUUAGUGGGAAACCUAGCAUUUUUAUAAACGGUCAUGAUUAAAUGCCUUAUGCGUUAAAGAAUUGUACGUAGAAGGCAAUUGCACUUGAUGCCAUAGCCCAACAUGUUCUACAUAGCGCACUUUUCAUUUAAUUAUGUUUUUUUUCUGCAGUGCAUUUCUUUUCCUCUGAUAUCAUAUAUAUUGUUCUGAUUUUUUGUUUAUCUCAUGGAAUUUAAAUGAAAUAUGCAAUAAAUGUAAACCCAUUUAUUUUAA